GCGUAUAGGGUUUUGCCUUUGAUCUUCUCUUCUCGUCGUUGCUUUUCGGCUUCGUUGCUUCGCAGGAGGUGCAGAGAUUGCACGCGUCGCUUCAUCGGCUCCUCCCUGGCUGUUCGACUUCGCUCCUUCGACGACUUUCCCUUCCUGUCGGAUCGGAAGUCACGACAUUCUGAUCGGAAGCAACAACGGGAGCUCGCUGGCUGCCUUUCGCGUGCUUCUUCGGCCAAAUCCCAUAAAACCGCCGAACCGAGGGAUUUAGUAAAUCCGGGAUUUAAGCCAUAAAUCCAGGAUUUACCCAUCGCCGGGAUUUAACGCGCCCACAAAAACCGAUUGGCUGGAUUUAGCGUAAAUCCGAUUUAAAUCCCGCUGUAAUCCGAUACCAAACAGCCCCUGAGAGUUUUCUGUGGUUUCGCUUGAGUCUCUUCUUGGUCUCUCCGGGCUUCGUUUUUCCCCAUCUAUGCUCUUCUAGAUCCUGUGUGAUUCCGCCAAUCGCCGAUCUCAUUCCGAUCCGAUAGGAUUUCUGAUCGAUUGAUGCAGAUAGCUUGGGCGACCAAUUUCCUUAUUCUUCUAGGGUUUUGCGUCUUCCAGAAAUUCAGUAUUUUUUCUUUUUCUCGAGCUGAUUCGCAUGAAAGUUUCUGCCUCUCCCUUCAAGGGAAUCAACAAGUUGGUGGCUUUUUCUUAUCGCAGAAUAUCGACAACAUCCUUUUCUGAUUUCUAGCUUUAGUGGUCUUGAUUCUUCUCUGGCAAGCCGAAAAGUUUGAUAUUUAUUUGUGGAGGCAGAUGUUUUUAAUAGCUGCUGGAAGUAGAUUUGAGGUUGGCUAUGCUACGCUUUAAGCACUGUGCGUUUGAAUUAUGUUGGGCUGCCAUUAAAAUUUGAGCUGGACAUGGUGGCUUCCCAAAUAAUGAAGCUAUUUGGGUUUAUCUACGCAAGUCUCUCAGGUUACUCAACGCUAGCAUGGGCAACAACGAUUGCUGGUGUUUUUGUAGCUAUUUCAGUAUCAGUAUCCAUGUUUCUUUUGUUCCACCACCUUUCGGCCUACAAGAAUCCCGAGGAGCAAAAGUUUUUAAUUGGUGUUAUCUUAAUGGUCCCUUGCUACGCUGUUGAGUCGUAUGUUUCAUUAGUGAACCCAUCGUUAAGUGUUGAUUGUGGGAUCAUCCGUGAUAGCUACGAGUCCUUUGCCAUGUACUGUUUUGGAAGAUAUCUUGUUGCUUGCUUGGGCGGUGAAGAAAGAACGAUUGAGUUUAUGAAGAGGGAAGGUGGCUCAGAUUCUAAGCAACCCCUAUUGCAUCUUUUAUCUGAGAAGGGAAUAAUAAAGCAUCACUUCCCAAUGAAUUUUAUUCUGAAGCCAUGGAGACUGGGUGAAUGGUUUUACCAGAUCAUCAAGAUUGGUAUUGUUCAAUAUAUGAUAAUUAAAACUGUUACUGCUAUUCUUGCUGUUUUUCUUGAAGCCUUUGAUGCAUAUUGUGAUGGAGAGUUUAAAUGGAACUGUGGUUAUCCUUAUAUGGCAGUGGUUCUCAAUUUCAGUCAAUCAUGGGCCUUGUACUGCCUAGUGCAAUUCUAUGCGGCUACGAAGGAUGAAUUGGAACAUAUUAACCCAUUGGCCAAGUUCUUAACUUUCAAAUCAAUUGUAUUUUUGACUUGGUGGCAAGGAGUGGCUAUUGCAUUAUUUUAUUCGUUGGGUUUAGUCAAAAGUCCUAUAGCUCAGGCCUUACAGUUUAAAUCAAGUAUCCAGGAUUUCAUCAUUUGCAUAGAGAUGGGCAUCGCCUCUAUUGUUCACAUCUAUGUAUUUCCAGCCAAACCAUACGAGUUAAUGGGUGAUCGAUUGCCUGGAACAGUUUCAGUUCUUGGAGAUUAUGCUUCUGUGGACUGCCCAUUCGACCCUGACGAGGUAAGAGAUAGUGUGCGACCUACCAAGCUGAGAAUUCCUCAGCCACCUGAUGUUGAUUUUAAGAGUGGAAUGAACAUCAAAGAAAGUGUCCGAGAUGUAUUUCUUGGCGGUGGAGAAUAUAUUGUGAAUGAUUUGAAGUUCACAGUCACCCAUGCAGUGGAACCAAUGGAAAAGGGUCUCACUCGGUUUAAUGAGAAGCUUCACAAGAUAUCUCAAAAUAUAAAGAAGCAGGAGAAGGAUAGAAGGAGAAUCAAGGAUGACAGUGUCAUAGGUUCCUCAUCACCUUCUAGGAGAGUUAUUCGUGGUAUAGAUGAUCCACUUUUGAACGGUACUGUAAGCGACAACAGUGUUUCCAAGGGAAGAAGACACCGUAGAAAGUCUGGUUAUAACAGUGCUGGCAGUGGUGGAGAAAGCAGUAGUGAUCAUAGUUUUGGUGGAUAUGAAAUCCGUGGUUGCAGAUGGAUUACAAAGGAUUGAAAAUUUCUCAUGUUAAUUUUUUUGGCCUACUCAUGAGAAUAUCAACGAACUCUUAUUAAGUCCAUGUAUAUAUGCCAAUUUCUGUUAGGAACAUUUCCUUAGAAAAUAUUUUAUAUGGAAUGCUUCAAUGAUUGUCAUGUCAUCUGUUCUUUACAAGUUCCUAUCUUGUAUAGACUUAUCAGUGUUGAUGUGACAGUCAUCGUGAGGAAUUUCCUGUAGAAAAUAUAAACUUUUCCUUAAUAGGAAUUGGGAGUUUUGUUCAAAGGUAAUGUUAUUGUUGAUCGUCCUGCAACAUUUGAAUUCCAUAGAAAAUUGUUAUUUAAUGGAAAAUACCUCAUUUUUUUCUUGUAAA